AUGCUUGACGUGCCGCCUUCGAAAGACGUCGGAAGCCCUGAAGAACUGCGCAACGAGCUGUCGAACUUCAUAACCCUCGCGACUAUCGCCUUACGCUUUCACCAUCCAACCGCGCCGGAAGAGCCAAAUGUUCCGAAAGACGAACUGCUCCGAACUCUGCAGUAUAUUACUACCCUUCUUACUGUCGGGACUCCUCCGAAAGUACGCGGUCCCUUCAAAGAUACCUUCGCUUCUCGCGUCAUCGCUCUCACGGCAAACAUCAACUGUGAAGCAAUCGAGUCACUCGUUCUGGUUACUCAGAACACGAGAUCUGCACUUUCUCCAGAGACGACCGAGCUGAAGUCUCUGCAAACAACUGUGAGUGGUGAGGAGGUUCUGAACGAAUGGCACAAAAAGGAUCCCGAUGGUAACUUCAAGAGCAUUUUCGCCAUUCUUGAGCUAUUUCGUGUAGACAAGCCUAGGUUGAAAUCCCCCGAUUUUAGUGGAGUCUUCCUGGGUCGCUGUGAACGUUUUCACCUGUACAUCGUGAACCACGCUUAUCCCAAGAUCGCCUCCCGCAUCCUCAUGGGUAGCAGAACCUGGAAUAGGCACCCCAUGGACGUCCUCGCUGCCUACCCUCUCGACAGCCUACGCAAAAGACUUUCUUUUCCGAGAAAGCUCAAGGUCGACAAAACCGGGGUAACUUGGCUUCGCAAUAGAUACGACAUCCAACCCCAGACGGUAUCUGCGAAUAACACCUCGUCAAGCCCAUACGUCCUCUACCAGGUUACCCGCGACAACGUUGGGAGAUGGAUCGCAGCCCUCACGGAUACCUUCUCGGGCCUGAGGGAUGCCUUGACUACGAAGG